GAGGUAUAAGCCUGGACAGCUCACUUCUUCAUUCACAAACGACCCACACCAGAAAGCGUGAUGUAUUCAGAGCUUGAGUGCGGAGUUUGUUACCGGACCUACAACGCGGGUCGGCGGUGUCCCCGGGAGCUCCACUGCAAACACAGCUUCUGUGAGAGCUGCCUCCUGGCUCUUUCCCGGCCCCUGGGGCACGAUGAGGGACACCUGGGAGCCGACAGAUUAAUCGCCUGCCCGCUGUGCCGGCAAACCACAACCAUCUCCAACGAAGAGAAGAUGAGAGCCGAGCUCAGGGUGGACGAGUGCGUCCUGGAGCAGCUGUUGGCCGCGGGAGUCCUCGACCAGGAGGACGACGAUGACCCGGAGGAGGCGGACGGUCAAGUUCAAGACGGCUGUGACGACGAGGAGGGAGCGACGCUUCCCGAGACCCCAGCCGAGGAGAGUGACUCCUCCGCGGUCUCCGGGGGUGGUAGGCUCCGGCGAUCUUGGAAGAAAGUUUGGCGAAAGAUUAGUGGGAAGAACUUACGGCAGAGCGACAGAGAAAACUGUAUGACCAGCAGUGACUUGAGGAGCCUCGCCAUGAUGUCCUGCUACAUGUUUUGAGCUGCCCACAGCUUCAGAUACCCUGGAUGAUGUGAUUUUGUAUUUAUUUCCAAUGGCUCUCCUUCCCAACAUGGAUGAACUUGACUAUGAUUUAUGGAGAGCCAAACAUAAUGACGAAACCUUGCUGGCAAGACACAUGAACAAGAUUAUUUGUUAGCUUUUCAGCUUUCUUACCGCUUGUUUAACUGAUGACGACUAUGCAGCUGUUGUACUCAAAUAUGUGAAAAAAAGGAAAACUGCACAGCCCAUUUCAGGGCUGUAUUAAUCCACAAAUGUAUUCAAUAUUUAUUCUUUUAAUGUAUGUAUUUAUUUUUGGAAUAUUUGUUACAUAUUUAAGGAAAAAUAAAUGAGUUUUGGUCUCAAGUUCA